CGAUGAUACCCUCGAAGAGUAUAAAAUUCCGGAGCUAACGCUGAAUAUUGGGCGGAGGGCACCAUGUCUUCAAUUUUCUUCAUAGCCGUUUAUCUAUCAGUUGCUGUUGCUAAGGCAGCAAAUCCGCUCGACUCAAACUUAGCUUACGGAUCACCUUUCGUCGACCAUCCACAGUUCUCGAGAGAUAUUGGAGCCAUCCACAAGCGGCAUGUCGAAACCUCUAAACGAAGCUUGGAAAAACGUCAGACAGAUAAUACUAAUGAAUUCGUGGAUGAGCAUUACCCAACGUUCUACGGAGCAGACUUCAGCAACAGUCCCUUUAUCUGGAGCGGAGGGAUAAACUUCACCCAUUCAGUGGCAAGCGGAGAUCCAUUCGACACAUCGGUUCUCCUUUGGACUCGUGCAGUUCCAUCUCCUUAUGCACUCGACCCGUCCGCUCCGGUCGGUACAAUUCCUGACCAAUCGGUUCCCGUCUGUGUCUCCUAUUCGAUAUUCCCAAACGAAGCUCUAUCAGGCCACCCUGUUUCGAGCGGUCAAGCUUUCACCAGUUACGACGUUGACUUUACAGUCAAGGUCGAAGCAACCGGACUAAAGUCCGACACCCACUACUGGUUCGUAUUCAGCGAUUGCACGAAUCCGAGUAGCAAGAGCCCUGUUGGGAAGACAAGGACCUUCGCAAGUCCAGACACUCCCGCUAAUAAGGUGAACAGAGGGAAGCCACUGACUUUGGCCUUUUUUUCUUGCUCGCGAUAUCAAGACGGUUACUUCAACGCGUACGGAGUUGCAGUUAAUAAUGCUUCAGCGGAUGCCUUUGUUCAUCUCGGAGAUUACAUCUACGAAUCAUUAGGAAACGGUGCACCUAUUGGCCGUCAAACGUUGGGUCGCGAAUUGGCUACUAUUUAUGAUUACCGUCAACGCUUGAGCCAGUACCGAACAGACCAGAGCCUUGUACUCGCGCACCAGACUGGACCAUGGAUCACAGUUUGGGACGAUCACGAGGUUGCAGAUAAUUCAUGGAAAGCCGGAACAGCAGACUCGAAUGACACGAUGCUCGGUUGCUCGUUCUCUCCCUCUGGCACAUGCUUUACAGACCGCAAACUCGCAGCAGUGCGUGCAUAUCACGAAUGGAUGCCCGUUCGUCAGAUUGCUGCAGAUGAUAAACUCCGUAUCUGGCGUAACUUCCAAAUUGGAAAAUUGCUCGAUCUGACAAUGCUUGAUACGCGUCAGUAUGAUCGGGACUUGACUGAUGUUUAUUAUAAUACGGAAUACGUCAACUCCAUCGCGGCUUUCGAGAAUCGAUCGCUCAUGGGAUUCGCUCAAGAAAAUUGGCUUUACAAUACCUUAUCGCAAUCGAAGUCUCGAGGUGCAGUCUGGCGACUAGUAGGGCAACAAAUCGUAUUCACUCAAUUGAACGAGUCCGGAGUGUUUGACUUGGAUGCCUGGGACGGGUACAGGGCGAAUCGUGAACGAGUCCUCAAUCACAUCGCUGACAACAAAAUCAACAACGUCGUCAUACUUUCUGGGGACAGCCAUGCUAAUUGGGUUUCGGAUCUUGCUCAUCCUAACGAUACAAAAACGUACAACCCAAGCACUGGAGACGGUGCGAUUGGUGUCGAGUUCGCAGGAACGGCCGUCACAUCCAGCUCAGCGUUUGGAGCCAAUAUCUCUCCAGAAAACGCAGACAGAAUCAGUGCACGGUAUGUUGCGGCGAAAGGAAAUGAAGACUUGCAAUGGAGCGAAGGGUCCUAUCGAGGCUUUUUCACGGUGAAGGUUGAUCCUCACACAAUACAUGCGACUUAUUAUGCAAUGAGGAACAUAACUUUUGCGAACCUUGACAGCUUUGCGAGUGCCAACUUUACUGUCUUCUCUGGGUCGAACAAGCUCGAGCGACCAGUCGCUGGUGGCUCAGUUCUUGCUGGAGUACUUAAAUCAUCCGUUGUAAACAGUACAAACUAGUUUCAUAGCUAGCGUAUUCUCGAAAGUCG